UAUUUACACACUGAAACUGAAACACACUUCCACACGCAGCUGUCAGCUCGACUGUGCUCGUCUAGCCGUGUCAGGGCGCGAUGAUUUACCACAAACGUCCCGACAGAGUGGCAUUUAGGAGAUUUAUCGCGAUUCGGACCGAAGAAUCUGAUGUGUAACGUCCUGUGAGAGCAUGCGCGAGCGAGAGAUGGCCGCUAGUGUCCGGCACUGGACCCCGAAGCACGUGGGCCGCUGGCUGCGUGAAGAGGGCUUCUGCGAUUACGUGGACCUGCUGUGUAACAAACACCGUCUGGACGGAACCAGCCUGCUGACGCUGAGCGAGUACGACCUGCGCUCUCCUCCGCUGGAGCUCAAGGUCCUGGGAGACAUUAAACGGCUGAUGGUUUCUCUCCGGAAGCUGCAGAAGCAGAACGCAGACGUAUUAGAGGAGCUCGGUCUGUCCUACGACGGACACUCGCCUCAGAACAGCGCAGGUGGAAUGGACUGUACUUGUGUAACGCAUAAAUCACCAUUUGUUUGGAGGAAGAUUAUGUUUUGUUGGCUCUGUCUCUCUUUAUCACCUUUCACCUGCUUCUCUUCUCCCUCCAGUGUACCCAGAAUCCCCUGGGCGUUUACGAUGGCUGAGGCCUGUGGCGUGAUCCUCUGUUCUGUUUGGCUGCUAGUUCUGCUGCUUCAUAAACACAGGUCGAUCCUGUUGAGGCGGUUGUGUAGUCUCAUGGGGACGGUCUUCAUGCUGCGCUGCAUCACUAUGUUUGUGACGUCUCUCUCUGUCCCGGGGCAACACCUGCAGUGCACUGGGAAGAUAUACGGUGACAUGUGGGCGAAGCUGCAGCGAGCCGUGGCCAUAUGGAGCGGUUUCGGCAUGACGCUGACCGGAGUGCAGACGUGUGGAGAUUACAUGUUCAGCGGACACACCGUCGUCCUCACCAUGCUCAACUUCUUCGUCACCGAGUACACGCCGCGCAGCUGGAACUUCAUCCACACGCUCUCCUGGGUCCUCAACCUGUUCGGCAUCUUCUUCAUCCUGGCAGCACACGAGCACUACUCCAUCGACGUCUUCAUCGCCUUCUACAUCACCACCAGACUCUUCCUGUACUACCACACGCUGGCUAACACUCGCGCCUACCAGCAGAGCCGCCGCGCACGCAUCUGGUUCCCCAUGUUCUCCUUCUUCGAGUGCAAUGUUAACGGACCUGUUCCAAACGAGUACUGCUGGCCGUUCGCUCGCCCCGGCUUCCUCAGACGCCUCAUCGGCUGAUUCUCCACAGACGCUGCUGAUUCUUGAGAUGCCAUGAUGAAGAGGAGGCCAAAACCUCUUGACCAGACGCGGACAGUAGUGAAGCAUUUUUACUCUGCUUUAGAAGUACUUUAAAAAAAAAACUUUACUUCACAACAUUCCAAAGUAUAAUAUUGUACUUUUUA